AUGUCAAUAUCAAAUCCAAGAACAUCCACGGAUAGAUUAGAUACAGAACAUAAAGCUUUGCUUAUCGACAAAACGGAUAGUCAAAAGAAAAGUCAGGAUAUCCAUAAAAAUACACCAAUUAGGAAACGAAGCAGAUUGGAUGGAGUCGAAGGAUUUCAUCCGAGCUCAGAAGACAAAGCGGGAUUCUUCAGUAGUGUCAUUUUUUCGUAUGUUGGAGUUUAUUGGUGGAGGACGAGAAAUGCAACAACAGAUGCAGAAUUGUUGGAGAAACCAUCAAAGAAGAUCACAGCCGUCUAUGCAGCAUCACGAUUAGAAAAUGCGUGGAGCUCAAACGGAUCCCCAGAUAGGCAUUUCUUGUCAGCUGUAUGGGAUGCAACCAAAGUCAGCGUCAUUCUUCAUGCAAUUCUGUUGUGUCUUGAAGAGCUCACUCGUGUCGCUCAACCAUUACUUCUCCGACAGUUAAUGAGUUAUUAUGAAAUUCAAGAGAAGGAAGAUUUUCUGUAUUGGCCCGCAAUGUUCGUUGCCCUUCUGAUCUCCUUUCUGUCAUUUGUCACUGUAGUCAUUCACCAUCCGUAUUUUCAUGGAUUGCUGAACGUUGGAAAUCACAUGAGAGUUGGUACAGGAGUUCUGCUCUACAAAAAAGCACUACGACUUUCACUAGCCUCUCUUGCUGAUACAAACAGUGGUCAACUUAUCCAGCUUCUCAACACAGACGCAGCAAAAUUGGAGCAAGCAUUUCUCUUUGCUCACUACGUUUGGCUCUGUCCUCUGCUCAUGUUCUUCUACGGGUUUAUACUUUGGUUCUACUUUGGAUUUUGUUGUUUGGUAGGAUUCUUGGUGAUGAUGAUCAUUGUCACAUUCCAAGUAUAUUAUUCGUAUCAACUCGGUGUAAACAGACGUAAUAUUGGUGAUAGAAUGGAUGCGAGAUUGAAAAUCAUGAGUGAAAUUAUAAACGGGAUGAAAGUAGUCAAAAUGCUCGUUUGGGAAGACAACUUCGCUGCAAAAAUUAAACAGCUGAGAGAAAAUGAGAUAGGUGCCGUUGGAAAAUCUGCAUUCUACUCUUCGAUGGUCAUGGGAAUAUACUUUGUAUCUGCAAAAAUUGGUCUCUUCGUUUACAUCUUCUCGUGUUUGUACUUUGACGAAGACCUUACAACCAAAGGAGUGUUUGCAGCAUCUGCACUCUACAACUCGGUUCGUUUGCCAUUUGCUUUGUUUCUUCCACUCGGGUUGCUUUUUGGAAGAGAACUGAUUUCCACAAGUCGCCGGAUCAAUUUUUUCUUCCGACUGCAAGAGUUUUCACGAUACACUGUUGUGAGCGAAUUGGAGACAGAGACCGAAAUACUGAAGAAUGAGAAUGAUAAGCUAGCGUUGAGUGCACUUCAAACAAAUCCAUCAUGGAUUCUGGAUGCCAGCGAGACAGAUAAUCCAAACAUUCAAUUAACUGAUGUCACAUCUGUCUGGUAUGACAAAGUUGAACAAAGAGAGAAAAGCAUGAAGAGAGAUGAAGAAUUCGAAAAAAAUGACGAUCCGGCUCUCCACGUGGUCUACGCAAUCCAGGGUUUUACCCAGAGUUUCAAAUCAGGAGAAUGUUACGGAGUAAUUGGAUCUGUGGGUAGUGGAAAAUCAUCCCUGCUACUCACAAUUUUAUCGGAAGCUCGUAUGUCAAAAGGAAACGUCGAAGUUCAUGGAUCAAUUGCUUACUGUGCACAAGAGCCAUGGAUUUUCACUGGAACAGUCAGGGAAAACAUUUUGUUUGGCAAUGAUUAUGACAGGGAAAGAUACCAUAACGCUCUGGAGCUUUGUCUUCUCCGACCAGAUUUCCGACAACUCUCGAAUGGAGAUAUGACAGUUGUUGGUGAUAAUGGAUCAACACUUUCUGGAGGUCAGAGGGCAAGAAUUGCUCUUGCUCGAGCUAUUUAUGCUGAUGCUGACAUUUACCUUCUUGAUGACCCACUUUCCGCAGUUGAUGCCCAUGUUGGAAGAAAACUAUAUGAGAAUCUGAUUCGUGGAUUCUUAUCGGAUAAGCUCGUUGUCCUUGUCACUCAUCAAAUCCACUUCCUGAGCACACUGAGCUCGGUGAUCCUGAUGAAAAACAACAAGAUGAUCUCAAUGGGAACACUUGAUGAACUAAAAACAAAUUUUUCUGAAGAGUUCAUCAGCCUCCAGUCAUCGGCCGCAGACGACAAAAAUGAUGAUGAAUUGUACAACGAAGGCUCACCAUCUUCUCCACCUCCUUCACCGUCAGAGAAAAAACAAAUGAUGUUUGAAAAAGAUGAGGACGUUGUGAAUGAUAUCAAGAAAAAGUCGCUGGAGAGAGAAGUUUCAAUAGUGAAACCAAGAAAUGAAUCGAAUUUGGAGUCAAGAAACUCUGGAAGUAUUUCCUGGUCGGUGUAUUGGAAGUAUACACGCGCAGUAAUUGAUCCGUUGAAAUUUGGCGUCUGUCUCAUUAUUUGUGUUUUGGUGACACAGUUCAUGAAUAAUUUUGUUGACUGGUGGCUCAACAAAUGGUUAGUCGAUCUGGACGAAUGGAAUGCAAAGAACAGCACAACAAAAGGAGAAUUCAGUAAAAACGUUGAUAUACUCGGAUACCGCUAUCAAAUGUCAUUCCGAACAUACGAAGUGACAUUCGUUGUUAGCACCGUUGUUAUGUCUUUUCUUGGAGUUAUUCGGUCGGUUUGGUUCAGAAAUGCUCAACUGAAUGCAUCACGUGUCCUUCACAACCUUAUGUUCAAUUGUCUUCUAAACACCCAAGCGGAGUUUUUCGAUCGUAACUCAGAAGGAGCAAUACUGAACCGUUUCUCAAAAGAUAUUGGUCUCACUGACGAUAUGUUGGCUUUCACAUAUUUCGAAUUUGUUUUUGGCGGGUUGACGUUCCUCGGUAUCGUUGGACUUGUUUCGAUGGUGAGACCAGUGGUGAUUAUCGCUUGCACUUUUAUUACUAUUGGAUUUUAUUUAUGUCGGAAAAUUUAUGUGGUCAAGUCAAGAGAGCUAAAACGAAUUGAAGCAGCUGCUCGUUCUCCCCUGAACACAAUCAUCACUUCUACCAUACAUGGGCUGGCCACGAUCAGAGCCUACAGAAAGGAAAUGGAAAUGAUUGAUAAGUUCUGUGCGCUUCAUGAUGUGUACAUGGCGGCAUACAAUAUGGGUAUCUUGUCGGCUCGUUGGUUCGGUAUCUGUAUCGACUUCUUGGUUUCGGUUUUCGUUUCGAUCGUGGCGAUUGUUGUUGUUUUACAAUAUGAAACGUUGACCGUUGGUGAAGUUGGAUUGUGUCUUGUGUGCGCCGUCCAGCUGAGUGGAUUCUUCUCGUGGAUAAUGCGGCAGAGUGCAGAAUUGGAAAACGGAAUGGUUUCCAUUGAAAGAAUUCUGGAAUACACUGAACUCAAGUCAGAAGAGGAGAUGAGAAGACCACAUGACAAGUAUUUGGACGAUGUAUUGGAGAAAAGUUGGCCUUCCAAAGGACAGAUUGAAUUUGAAAACGUUCGAGUCAAAUACGGAGACACUUAUGUGCUCAACAAUCUUAACUUUGUUAUCUUCCAAGGACAAAAGAUCGGAGUAGUGGGUAGAACGGGUGCAGGAAAAUCGACACUUCUCAAAGUAUUGUUUGGUUUAAAAGAAUACUGUGGUGGACAAGUCAGAAUUGAUGAUGUGGACUUGGAUGGCAUCAGUUUGAAGUUCCGAAGAAAAGGAAUGUCGAUUAUUCCUCAGGAGCCUGUGAUUUUCUCAGGAACAAUCCGAGAGAAUUUGGAUCCCUACAAUCAGUAUGAUGACGCCACGUUGUGGGAGGCCUUGGAGCAGUGCGAGUUGAAAAAUACGAUUGUUAGAGAGAAAGGUCUCCACGUGGAACUCGGACAACGUGGUGUCAGUUUGUCAGUUGGCCAACGUCAACUCUUCUGUCUUGCUCGUGCCAUGAUCCAUCGGUCUCGUAUACUUGUAAUUGAUGAAGCUACUGCCAACGUGGAUGGAGUGACCGAUGCGUGUAUCCAGAAAACAAUUCGAAACUUCUUCAAAGAUGCGACUAUCAUCACUGUUGCUCACCGUCUUCACACCAUAAUGAACACUGAUAUGAUAAUGGUGUUCGAAAAGGGAGAGCUUGUUGAAUUUGACAAACCGAUAACCCUCCUCGACGAUCAGAGUAGUCUGUUCGCCAGGAUGGCUGCUCAGUCUGGAGCUGAAAACUUGGAAUCACUACGCUCGGCUGCUGGGGCUUAUGUUCUAGAAGAUCGCAAACGAUAUCUUGAAGAAGAAGAAGACUGA